AUGCCAGCACUUGUGGGAAGAGCCAAGAAGCAAAGUUUUAUUUAUAUCAAGGAAAGGGUUUGGAAAAAACUUCAGGUGUGGAAAGAAAAGUUGUUGUCUCAAGCAGGGCGGGAGGUGUUGAUCAAAGUUGUCAUUCAAGCAAUUCCAACAUAUACUAUGAGUUGUUUUAAACUCCUUAAGGGUUUAAUCAAGGAAUUGGAAGUUAUGAUACGAAAGUUUUGGUGGGAAUAUUGUGGCGGUAAUAGGAAGACCCAUUGGGUAAAAUGGGAUAGGCUUUGUGAAGCUAAGGAGGUUGGAGCAAUGGGGUUCAAAGAAAUUGAGAAGUUUAAUGAUGCUUUGUUGGCUAAGCAAGUUUGGCGGCUGAUAAAUAAUCCUACUUCGCUUUGUCAUCGUGUUUUUAAGGCGAGGUUUUUUCUGGAUUGUUCUAUUCUUGAAGCUAGGGAAUCUACUGUGGGUUCCUAUGCUUGGAAAAGUCUUCUUAGUGCAAGGGAUGUUAUUCGACAAGGGAUGAUUUUGUGA